AUGACUGCUGGAAAAGCCACGAUUGGGAAGCUAGCCCCUGAUUUUGAAGCCACUGCUGUGAUGCCAAAUGGACAAUUUGAGCAACUUAAACUGUCUAAAUACAGAGGAAAAUAUGUAGUCUUCUUUUUCUACCCACUUGAUUUCUCCUAUGUGUGCCCAACUGAGAUUAUCGCUUUUAGUGAUCGUAUAGAAGAUUUCAACAAGAUCAAUUGUGAAAUAAUUGCUGCUUCUACAGACUCCCAUUUUGCUCAUUUAGCUUGGAUCAAUACACCAAGAAAGCAAGGAGGACUUGGUCCAACAAAAGUCCCUUUAGUAUCAGACCUUCGUCGCACAAUCUGUGUAGAUUAUGGUGUCUUAAAAGAUGAUGAAGGCAUUGCUUUCCGCGGUUUGUACAUCAUUGAUAAUACUGGUAUUCUACGCCAGAUCAUGAUCAAUGACCUUCCUGUUGGGCGUUCAGUGGAUGAGGUCAUGCGGCUUGUUCAAGCAUUCCAAUUUACAGAUGAGCAUGGUGAAGUUUGUCCUGCUAAUUGGAAACCUGGUGCUGAUACCAUCACUCCUGAUGUAGAAAAAAGCAAGAAUUACUUCACAAAACAGAAAUAA